CAGCGCCUUCCUCCAAUAGCAAACUCGCUCUUUCUUUCCAUCCCCCUCGGCCCUCGCCGUCCUCGUCGCCUCCCCCAAACACCUUCACGCGCGCGCGUACUCAACUCACCUGCAACGGAUAGACACGACGUACAGCACCAACAAACAAAUGCGCACAAUGGCGGCACGGCGGGCGGCGCCGUCGGCGACCCAGGGGCCGCCGUGGGAAGCGCUUCCCCUGGUGGCCGCCUUCCUCGACGACGCGGUGUCCCUCGCGGCGGCCUCCUGCGUGUCCACCUCCUGGCACGCCGCCUUCGCCGCCGACCACCUCUGGGCGCGCCUCUGUCGCUCCCACUACCCGUCCGCCAUCGCCCUCCUGCAAACCGACAACAAUGGCAUCAUUAACGGCACCGGCGACCCACGCUCACGCUCCUCCCCGCACCGCCGCCUCUUCGCGCUGUUCCACGCUGCCGCCUCCUCCCGCCGCCGCCCGCUCCCAGCGCCCCGCCUCGCGCUCGCCGACGUCACCUUCGCCAUCGACCUCUUCACAUCGAGCGGGAACAGCAUCCUCUCCUUCGCCGUUGCCGCCUGCGACGCCGGGGCUAACAAGGGCGUGUUCCAGUUCGGGGUGGACGUGAGUGGCCGGAACGCGGUGGCGGGUCCGGGGGAGCAGCAUUGGAGCGUCCGCUGGACGGCCGUGCGGACGCGGCUCGGAGACGGGCUUGCUGCGCCUGCGCUGCCUGCGGCGGCAAUCGUGAUGAUGGAGGCGAAGGUGCCAUCGUCAAGGGCCGGGGAGCUCGGCGGCGGAGAGAAGGGGGAGGCGUGGGCGUCGGAGAAGCUGCCCGCGCCUGGGUGCGGCGGCGCGAGGAUGGAGGCGGAGGUGGUGGUGGAGGUGAGCGGGGAGGAGAGGCGGGUGGAGACGGUGCGGUUCGGGGUGUUGCUGGAUUGUAGGUACGUCAGCGUCGACGAGGGGCUCAGAUACUUGCAGCAUUUCCUCUUGUAAUAUUGCAGCAUUUCCUCUUGUAAUAUUGCAGCAUUUCCUCUCUUGUACUGCAAAUCAUGUACAGUACUGCAAUGUUUUAUUUCACCGGUACACCAGUUGUGGACAAAA